AUGAUCACAGCUCGAACUACAUCUCUGUCUGGUUCUCCCUGUGCAUGCUCAGCCCUAACUUUGAUUUGUAUCAGAACUUUGCAAGAAAUGGCAGAAGAAGUGACAUAUGCAGACCUGAGGUUUAUGACACUGGAGCAGCCCAGGAAGCAGGAGCUUCAUGGAGCCAACACAAAAGAUGCUCCAACUCCAUCUCCUUAUUGGCGAAUUGUGGCAGUGAUCCUUGGGAUCUUUUGCUUGGGUUUCAUGGCAACAGCUGGUGUCUUAGUUGUCAAGUUUACUCAGGUGUCCCACCUAAUGAGUGAAAGAGAAGUGCAAGAAAACCUCACACAGCAGCUGGAGCUUCUGCAAGCCCAGAACUUAAAUCUAUCAGAGACUCUAGAACAACUAGCAAGCUCGAGAGGAUUUUGUAAUGAAAUCAGCACAGUUAUACAGUUCCAAUUCUUUCUGGAUUGGUUUAUCUCAUAAUGGAGCUGGCCAACCAUGGUUAUGGGAGGAUGGCACACCUUUUUCCAGUGACCUGUAAGUCUGCACUACAUCUAAAAACAAUGGAGUU